GAUAUGAUAAUGCAGAUUGAGAUAACAAUAAUUUAUUGUUUUCGUUAUAACAAUGAAAAUAAUGGAAUUUGUUUUUCCCCGUCUCACCCUUAUAUUAAAUGUUCCACUAUUAGAACUUUAGAAUUCCUUUUUUUAAAAAAAAAAAUUAAUAAUGGAAAUUGCUCUUUAUAAAAAAAA